AAGCGUGCUUCAGUUGGCUGCUGAGAAUUUGUGUCGUCGCGAAAAUAUGUUCACGAUGGAAUAAAACAACUCAGAUACAUCAUUAAUAUAUAUUUUUAUUUUAAUUUUUUCCGUUCAUUGUAAGUGCUCGAUCAAUUUCGUCGAUUAAUUGUUUCCGUAAAUCUUGGGCUAAAAUUCGUUUCGAUCGGUUUUUUGUUUUUAUCAGAUUGUAGCGCGAGAGAAGAAAAGAAAGAAAGAAGAAAAAAAAAGGUUGUUCGUGUUCGCUAAACAAAUAGAUCAGAAGAAGUGUGAGGGAAAGAAAAAAAAAAUAAAUAAAGAGAAACAAAUGGUUCAAAGUGUAAGGAAAAAUUAAACAAACAAAAAAAUUAAAAAUUGUGAGCUGUUGUGUGUACGCGUGUGGAAACGAAAAUUUCUUGGACGGAAAAAAUGUGUGGUGUUCGAUCAAAUAAGUAUUCGAUUUGAUUAUCAGCCAAAGAAAUUUUCAGUAAUUCCGCGUUUCGGGAAACGAAAAGAAAAUACACAAGGUAUGCAACGUAGACUGUAACAUUUUGAGUUGAAUUAAGUCACAGAGUGUGAGAGACCGUACCGAUUUAGGCAAAAACCUACGAAACUCGCUAUGACGGAUAUGCAGCGAUGUGGUAACUACGGAGAAAAAUAUUAUAGAGCAAAAAAAAACAACAAAUAUACAUAUGUUCAUACAUGUAUAAUGAUUUGAAAACAAGUGACUUUGAAAUGAGAUUCUUGAUUAAGUAGAGACACAACAUGACAAUGUGUGCUAUUUGUGCUGUUUUCGCUUGUUUUGGGACACAGCAACCCUUUGAGUUUUGAAUUUGACAAGUUGAAAACCACGGUGGAAUUGUAUACAACAUUUCCCAAGCAUGGAAUCCAUGUGAUUUGGUGGUGAUUUGUAACAUAUUGUCGGAAAUGCAGUUGCUGUUUGCGGCAUAGCGUUGCCUUGGCUUGUCUUCAAAAUUCAUAAGUGGCCAUCGAACGCGCACAGACAAAGAAAAGGCAGUUGAAUAGCGAAAUGGCUGACAAGUGUACAGGAUUUGUGAAAAAGCAACAAGAACCAAAAAUAAACGAUGGUGAACAUAAAUCAAGUGUUACUGAUGAUUCGACUGCGUCUACCGAAGUCAAAACUGCCAUAAAUGUAGAUGAUAAAAAUGCACAUAAUGCAAAAUCAAUGUUAAGUAGUGUAGGAGCAGCUGAAAUUGAAUCGGCGAACGUAGCGCUUGCAUCAAGAACAACUGCACACAUACCAUCCAACGAUUCGAAAACAACAAAAUUAACAACAACAGCAACAACAACCGCCACCGCCACCACCACCAUCACCACAAACACACCAAACGAUAUAAUCAGUUCGAAAACGAUGAAUGCUUUAGACGAAAUCACAACAUCGCCAUCAUCCUCGCAAGCUUCCGUGGUCGCUGAUAUUGUAAUGACUGAAAGCGAAUUGAUGGAAAUGAAAGAGUCAACAACAGCAGCCGGCAUACAAUCGACAGCGACAACGCCGAUUCAUAAGGGCAUCGAAAGUGAUUACUUGAAUGAAAACGAGAAUGAAGCCGACGAAAUAUCAGAAAAUGGUGAUAAUUUUCUGUACGAGACCCGUGCAAAUGCGGAAAAAGUUAUGUAUUUAAAUUUAGAAACACCUGUUCUUGAUGAUAAUAAUGAAUUUAUGGAAGUCGAUCAACGCCAAUGUCACGGCGGUGUGCAACAAUCACAACCGCACUACUGCAAAAGAGGCUUCCGCAAAAUUUCUGAAAAUGGAGCCAAUUUUACGGUAACCAAACCGAAACGCUUGAGUGAUGAAUUCAAUUCGGCCAACGAUGAUAUUCGCAAUAACCAACAGUUGCUGCCUGUGGUAAAUACGAUCGGUGAAAAGGUUUCCCAAUCUGAUUUGAUGAUCGGCGAGGGUUCACCAGAUGAUAACAGCAACAAUGCCAGUGAAAGCGAAAUAGUGAAGUUGAAUCGAUCGUCGGACAUCAUUGACGACGACACAUCGACUAGCAGCCUAAUUAAUAUUGCCAAUAAACAGCCACCAAUUCAAGAGCACAUGGAAGACUCCUCAUCGCCACAUUCAUCCAUGUCACCGGCUGACGUUGCCAUUUCCGACCAAAAACAACAAAUGGAACACUUAUCCGAUGUUGUCGAAGAAUUAACGAAUCAUGGCGAUGAGCAUCAACAGCGAUCGGAUCAUUUUUUCGCAAAUUCACAGCGCUUAUUCGCAAGCUCGAACCAAUUGUAUACAAAUAAUGAUGUGCAAUCAAUGGAUGCUAUUGAACGAAGAGAUUUUAUCAACGAACAAGAAGCUACGGCCAAUUGUAUAUUGGGCAAUAGCUCGUUGAUCAUCAAUGGAACCAAUGGAGAUGAACCGAGACUGAAUUUAGAUUUGUUAGGGAAUAGUUUUUCACAAAAAAUGGAACAAAUAGCCGCUUUGACUGAAGAGCAAACUACCAAACGUAAUAACGCCGAUAAUGUGACUUCGACUGAAAAUGGCGCCCAAAAUGCAAUCAGUGGCAAUGAUCAACUGAUUACAACACCCACCACAAGUAGAACGAAACGAUCUCGACUGCCUUUCCCUGGUGAGAAAAGCACAUUGGCCAGAAGCCUAGAGAAAUCGAGCGAUUCGGAUAAAGAAUCGUCAUCAUUGGCGUGGGAUGCAUCGCAUCGUGAAUCACCCGACACGAAUUCAACGACCAUGCCAGACGCUUUGAACCAUUCAGGCGGAUGCAAUUGUGAAACUGAUGAUGUUGACGGUCAACAAGAGUCCACGUCGAAAUCGUCAUGCUCGAACUGCAAUAAGGAGCCGAUCAACGAGCCUCGAUUGGAUGAAGACGCGAAAACUGACCUCGACGAUGAUGAGGAUUUAGACGAUGAUGCUGGCGAUCACGAUGAUAUUGAGGAGAACGGUGAACCAUCAUCCACAUCUCGAGCUAAUGCAAGCCGCGCACGGUGUAAUGGGAAUAGUUCUUGUACUAGCACUUGUAAAAAUAAGCAUUCAAAUUCCGAUAAUUCGAACCAAAAUGCCGCCGCCGCCGCUGCUGCCGCAGAUCUUCCGGCGAAUGUAUCUCCGUCGUACUAUCGAGAGGCUGGAAUCGUGCUCGAAGACGAAGACAUCAAAGACUACGAAAAUGAGACUAUCGAUAAGAAUUUCCGUCUAAUGAUGGGCCUGGAGCCAGAGAAUCCGUAUGCCGAUUGGUCGUGCGAAGUGAAUUCGGACGGCGAAGAAGUGUGUACAUGUCGUGAUUUUACCGAUAACGAAACGACCGCAAACAGCGAAGACGAACUUCCAAGUCGGGACGUUGAUUUGUCGUGUUAUUCAAUUUCCGCCGAUGUUCUGAAUAGUAAUGGCAAUUCGUCAACGGACACACCGACAUCGCGUAAUCAUCGCAAGAGGAAAUUAACCGAAAAUCGCACCUCAAUAUUCAGCGACACAACGAGUGGCUGCAGCGAUGCAAAUAGUAACGAUAGAAAACGCCUUGCACUCGAUGAAACGGGCGUGUCGCAUAAAUUAAAUUCCAGCUCGAGUGGUAGUCAACCCAGUACCCCAACUAGUUCAUCAACAAAUAUUAGCCUACGAACACCACGAUCGGUGAUUCCGACGCGAGACAAUCCACCGCCCGAGUUGUCCGAUUGGUUGAAUCAAUUCAAGCAAUGGUCACACGUUGAACGUUUAGUAGCCGUCGAUCGGCUAAUUGAGCAUUGUGAACCGACCCAAGUGCGGCACAUGAUGAAGGUCAUCGAACCGCAAUUCCAACGAGACUUUAUAUCGUUACUGCCCGAAGAGCUUGCACUUCAAGUUCUAUCGUAUUUAGCACCAAAAGAUCUGCUUCGAGCCGCUCAAACUUGCAAAAGUUGGCGUGCACUCUGUGAUGACAAUUUGCUAUGGAAAGAGAAAUGUAAACAGUUGAAUAUUUCCAUUGAAUCGUCAAAGGAUCGCCCGAAACGUGGCCGAAUUGGUAAUAUGCCGCCAAUAUCGUCACCGUGGAAGGCAGCUUACAUGCGACAACAUAUCAUUGAAAUGAAUUGGCGUUCGCGCCCAAUACGUGAGCCAAAAAUUCUCAAAGGUCACGAUGAUCAUGUCAUCACAUGUCUACAGUUCUGUGGCAAUCGCAUCGUUUCCGGUUCCGAUGACAAUACGCUAAAAGUGUGGUCGGCCGUCACCGGAAAAUGUUUACGCACUUUAGUCGGACACACAGGUGGCGUUUGGUCUUCACAAAUGUCAGCCAAUAUCAUAAUCUCGGGUAGCACAGAUCGAACACUGAAAGUUUGGAACGCUGACAAUGGCUAUUGUAUCCAUACACUCACCGGGCACACGUCCACCGUUCGAUGCAUGCAUUUACAUGAGAAAAAGGUUGUAAGCGGAUCACGGGAUGCGACGCUACGCGUUUGGGAUAUAGUACAAGGCAAAUGUUUGCACACACUGGUAGGCCAUUUGGCAGCUGUUCGAUGUGUACAGUAUGACGGGAAACUUGUGGUUUCUGGUGCUUAUGAUUACAUGGUUAAGGUUUGGAAUCCAGAGACAGAGGAAUGUUUGCACACACUUCAAGGACACACAAACCGUGUCUACUCAUUACAGUUUGAUGGCGUACACGUUGUAUCCGGCUCACUUGAUACGUCAAUCCGCGUUUGGGAUGCAAUUACAGGAACCUGCAAACACACUCUAAUGGGUCAUCAAAGUCUUACGUCUGGCAUGGAAUUGCGGCAAAAUAUUUUAGUAUCUGGAAAUGCUGAUUCCACCGUCAAAGUUUGGGAUACAACCAAUGGCCAAUGCUUACAAACAUUAUCGGGUCCAAACAAACAUCAAUCGGCUGUUACAUGCUUGCAAUUCAAUUCUCGAUUCGUCAUUACGUCAUCGGACGAUGGUACGGUGAAGCUAUGGGAUGUUCGCACCGGCGAAUUCAUUCGUAACUUAGUCACAUUAGAAUCGGGCGGUUCCGGUGGUGUCGUUUGGCGAAUACGGUCAAAUGACACCAAAUUAAUAUGCGCUGUUGGAUCCCGAAACGGCACAGAAGAAACUAAAUUGAUGGUAUUGGACUUUGAUGUUGAAGGUGCCUGUUUGAAAUGCUCAUAAACUUAAGUGCGUUCGUCAGAAUCAAUCUCGACGGAAAUCACAAUUACAAAAAACACACACAAAAAUGCAAAUAGACAGAAAAAAACCGGAAAAAAAACAAUAAUAGAUAAAACCAAUUACAAAAGUGAACAAUUUUAUCAAUGAAACACAAAUGAGCAUAAAAACCAGAUAACGAGCAAAAAGAAAAAUGAAUUAUAUUGUAUUUUGUUCUUUUAAUCAAUUACAAAAUGCAACUGUCAAUCAGAUAUAAUGUGAUGUGUUAAUUUGAGCAUUCAAUACUGGUUUAUUGCACGGCGAACAAGAUGAUUAGAAACCAAUUAAAAUGAAAUAAAUAACAAAUUAUUAGCAUAGUAUGAAGCCAUACGCACUCAAA